UUUCAGUGUUUGGUGUGGAGGCUUAUAAAUGGAAUAAACCAGCAGAAUGGUACGAAACCCUUUAAAGUGGGUGGAGACAACCUGGGUCUAAAUUAUAUUUCUUCUGUUUUAUUUCUUCGCUGUGUGCUUUGAAUUUAGUGCCUAUUAAGGCAUUUCAGCAUCAUUGUUUAUGUGUGAACGAUUGUCCAGAUUGCUGCUGAAGCAGACGGCGCUGUCACAUGAUGUCUGAUCCUUUUCUCAGCGCAGGUACGUUUGGACCAAUCACAGUCGAUUGUGAUGAUUAGGUGGUCGUUUAUAAAAAAUCAUUUUACAGUGAUGGCGGAGUGUAGAUCUCCUGCGCAUGCCACCUACCGAUCCUUGCAAAGAACGUAAAUAAUAGAUUACACGUGUUAGUUAUUAUAUGUUUGCAGUAAGACAAAAACCGUCACGAGACGUGAAUUUUGCCCAAGAGGAAUGCGGCAUAUCGGGCCACCGAGCGCCCCCUGCCGGAAUAACGCCUCCUUGGACAUCUCGAGCUGGAAACAUUUGCUGUUCAACGAUGGUAUGGAAAAGAGGCGGAGGAGGAGUGGAUGAAAGGAGGAGGAGUGCAGGAGAGCAAAAAAACCAAAACACUCGCGCUGUUCGCCAUGUUGUGUUCGGGAAAACAUGAGAGAAUAUAUAGACACAUCUGAGGGUUUUUUCAGCGCAUAUAGAAGAUUUAACGUGAUAGAAACGGAGCUGAUAUGAUCUGAACUGCGAUCAGCUGAUCUACUGAUCCGGGAUCAUCCGGACGAAAAACGCGUUUCAGAGGCGCAUUAGGAUUUUACGGGGGAAUAUAGUUUAUCCGACACUAUGAUAUACACUAUUUUUAUUUGAUGUAGAUGUUCCUGUUUUUUGGAUCCUAAUUUAAACCCUUGAACUGGAUUUAUAUUCGUGUGUUCUGGAAUGAAGAUCAUGACUAUGAUUAUAUAAAUCUUCAGAUUUCUUCUGAUCAUUUAAAAGAAGCAGAAGAUCAUCUUGGGAUGUUUUUGAACUUGAACGAAUCAUGGAUGGGAAUUUUCGCCAUGCAUGUGGCGAUAAACUCCAAAUGAGCGCUGUUUCUGUGUGUGAUGAGAGUGAUCGAUAUACUGAUCAAUAAGUUUCAGGACAUGUUUCUAGUGUGUAGUGGACAAGCUGCUGUCUCAGGCCACCACACUUUGAUUUAUAAUACAGUAUGGUUAUAUUAAUGUUUGAUAUUUCAUCUAUGCAAACACAAACACGCGCACUGACCUCCAGGCUGAGGAUUUGUCAAAUCUCUCAACACUAAACCUCUCUUACAGACUUACACAUUGAUCCGGACCUGUUUGCUCACAAAUAAAUGCUUUUGGCAAUAUUAAAACAUUAAUUUUAGAGGGAGCGGAUUAUCAGCUUGGGAUUUAUUACAGUACAAGAAUCUGAACUGAAAAUGAGGACAGGCACCAAACUGGCCUUGGCCAUAUUCCUCGUCUCCUGUUCAUCAGGUGCAAUACUCGGGCGCUCGGAGACGCAGGAGUGUGCGUUUUAUAACGCCAGCUGGGAAAAGGAGGGGACGAACCAGAGCGGAAUCGAGUCAUGUUAUGGAGAAAAGGACAAACGACGACACUGUUUCUCCACCUGGAAGAACCGCUCAGGAACCAUCGAGAUGGUCAAGCAGGGCUGCUGGCUCGAUGACGUCAACUGCUACGACAGCAGUGAGUGUGUGGAGCGUAAGGAGAAUCCUGACGUCUUCUUCUGCUGCUGUGAGGGGAACAUGUGCAACAACAAGUUUCACUACAGUCCAGAGAUGCUUCCGACAACAUCUAACCCCGUCACCCCAAAGCCGGACUUGUUUCCCACAUUGCUCUACUCUCUGAUUCCCGUCAUGGCUGUUGCUGUCAUUCUCUUCAUCUCUUUCUGGAUGUACCGGCAUCUCAAGCUGACGUACCCACCGCUGCUCGUGCCGUCACAGCGCGCCUUUCAUAUCAUGAUAGAGGAUCCCGGACUGAUGCCUCCAUCGCCGUUGCUGGGUCAGAAGCCACUGCAGCUGCUGGAGGUGAAGGCUCGUGGACGAUUCGGCUGCGUCUGGAAGGCUCAGCUGCUCAACGAACCCGUGGCGGUGAAAAUCUUCCCUGUCCAGAAUAAGCAGUCAUGGCAGAAUGAAUAUGAGAUUUAUAGUAUGAGUGGAAUGAAGCAUGAAAACAUCCUUCACUUCAUUGGAGCAGAAAAAAGAGGAAGCGGAGUGGAUAUAGAGCUCUGGCUCAUCACAGCGUACCAUGAAAAGGGCUCGUUGACGGACUUCCUGAAGGCUAAUGUUGUUUCCUGGAACGAGCUGUGUCUGAUAGCACAGACGUUUGUGCGCGGCUUGGCAUAUUUACAUGAGGACAUUCCCAACCUGAAGGACGGACACAAGCCUGCCAUUGCACACAGAGAUAUCAAAAGUAAGAAUGUGUUACUGAAGAGCGAUUUAACUGCCUGUAUUGCCGAUUUUGGCCUGGCGCUGAAGUUUGAGGCAGGGAAAUCUACAGGUGACACACACGGACAGGUGGGAACGCGACGCUACAUGGCUCCAGAAGUGUUGGAAGGGGCAAUCAGUUUCCAGCGUGACGCGUUUCUCAGAAUCGACAUGUACGCGGUGGGUCUGGUGCUGUGGGAACUGGCUGUGCGAUGUACAGCAGCCGACGGUCCCGUGGAUGAGUUCUCUCUGCCGUUUGAGGAGGAGGCAGGUCUUCAUCCGUCGCUGGAGGACAUGCAGGAUGUCGUUGUGCAUAAGAAACUACGACCGAUAUUCAGAGAACACUGGCUAAAACAUACGGGUCUGGCGAUGCUCUGUGAGACCAUAGAGGAGUGUUGGGAUCAUGAGGCCGAGGCGCGUCUGUCUGCAGGAUGCGUGGAGGAACGCAUUAUCUCAAUGCAACGCAACACCAACCUCAUCGCCCCCGAUGACAUCCUCUCUGUUGUCACCAUGGUUACCAACCUGGACUUCCCCCCUAAAGAAUCCAGCCUAUGAUGCUGUUCUCUCAGCCAAUCAUAACGCAGCCUAUGAAAGACGUGUGGGAGAGAAAGCGGACUACAGUUGACUUGUGACAUACAAAACAAGUGGAGAGAUUCAAGAAGGAACUCAAGACCCAAGGAGAUAAAACACACAAACAUCUAUGUUUGCACCAAAAUGUCUUUUAUGCAUAAAGUAAAGACUUUUACUUUUUUAUAAGAACAGCAACUCAUGUGAUUUUAGUAUAAAAAGGGCAAAACUCUGGACUGCGCUUGCUGUUCGUUUCUGCAGAUCAUUACAGUCAUGCCAAUACGAGACAUUUCUGAAUGUCUGCCAUUCAGCCGUGAAUCACACACAUGGAUUUUUUGUGAAUUAGUGCUGAAAUAACCAUAAACCUCCCUAAACAGGAAUACCUCA